UUCACAAAUCUCUCUCUUUCUCUCUCUCUAAAUCUCUCAACAUUUCUCAGCAGAAGCAGUAGCAGCAGCAAUCUGAUCGAGUUCAUUAACCCUGGUGUGCCAGAAGAAGAUAUGCUCUAUGGUCAACUCGAUCCAUUAAUGCACUUCAAUAUCUUCACUGUGAAUCGGUGAUGGAAUUAUGUUUACUUUUGCUACUGGGAAAAAAUAAAUUAGGGUUUUCAGAUGAAGACAUCAAGGAUUUCGUUUCAUAAAGUAGUGUAGUAUAAUGAGCCAGACUGAAAUUACGAAAAUGAAGCAGAAACUACCUCUUGUUCCUCUUGGUACUCUGAUUGGUCGUGAACUUAGGAAUGAGAAGGUUGAGAAACCCACAAUUAAGUAUGGACAGGCUGCUCUUGCGAAGAAAGGAGAGGAUUAUUUCUUGAUUAAACUUGAUUGCCCGAUGAUUCCUGACAAUUCAUCGACCUCGUUUUCAGUAUUUGGGAUUUUAGAUGGUCACAACGGUAUAUCUGCUGCGAUAUAUACAAAGGAAAACCUUUUGAACAAUGUCCUUAGCGCGAUUCCUCAAGGGAUUGAUAGAGAAGAGUGGCUUCAAGUCCUUCCUCGGGCACUUGUUGCUGGUUUUGUGAAGACGGAUAUUGAGUUUCAGGAGAAAGGGGAGACAUCUGGUACUACGGUGACAUUUGUUGUUAUAGAUGGGUGGACUGUGACGGUUGCCUCUGUAGGGGAUUCUCGAUGCAUAUUGGACACACAGGGCGGUGUAGUUUCUUUAUUGACUGUUGAUCAUAGACUAGAAGAGAAUGUAGAAGAAAGGGAACGGGUCACUGCAAGUGGAGGUGAAGUUGGAAGACUCAAUGUUUUUGGAGGCAGUGAGGUUGGCCCGCUCCGAUGUUGGCCUGGAGGAUUGUGCCUUUCUAGGUCUAUUGGUGACACAGAUGUCGGAGAAUUUAUUGUGCCAAUACCUCAUGUUAAGCAAGUGAAGUUGCCAAGCUCUGGCGGAAGACUAAUCAUUGCAUCUGAUGGUGUUUGGGAUGCGUUAACAUCUGACAUGGCAGCCCAGUCCUGUAGAGGAUUGCCUGCUGAUCUUGCAGCAAAGCUGGUGGUCAAGGAGGCAUUAAGGUCUAAGGGGCUGAAGGAUGACACAACCUGUCUUGUCGUUGACAUUAUUCCGUUUGAUCAUCCUGUCUUGCCUGCAACACCAAGGAAGAAACAAAAUCUGCUCACUUCUUUAGCCUUUGGGAAAAGAAAUCACAACUCUGCAAACAAGGGAACAAACAAGCUUUCUUCUCUUGGUGCUGUGGAAGAGUUAUUUGAGGAGGGUUCAGCAAUGCUCGACGAAAGGUUAGGAGGUAAAAGAAGUGAUCCCAAGGACUCAGAUUCAGGGCUAGUGAGAUGUGCGGUUUGUCAGGUGGAUCAUCAUGAACCUCCAACUGAUGGUUUAACAACUUUGAAUUCGGACGCAGUUUUGUUACCCACUUGGGAUGGCAGCGUUCCCUUUUUCUGCACAAAUUGUAGAAAGAAGAAAGAUGCAAUGGAAGGAAAGAGACUUCCCACAUUGACUAGUGCAUAAGCUAUUGCUGCUGGUAAAAGUAAAAAAUACUAACAUAUUAAUUUCUUCUUCUUCUUCUUCUAACCUUUUUUUAUGGUUUGUUGUGAGAAAGGUUUGUUGUAAUUGAUGUACGAUAAUAGCGCGUGUCAUCAUCAUCCAUCGGUCAUGUAUCGAGAGACUAAUAGAUUAUAAGUGUUUUGCAGAAUUCUAGUAAAAAACAAAGUAUUGUGUGGGUUUCUUCUUGUUUGUUCUUUUUUUCUAUCAGCAAGUCUUUAUAAGCCAAAAGUAAAGGAUAAAGACAGUUUGAUGACUGACUGACUGUGUUCUGUCUGAAUAGUAAUAGUAGUAUUAGUAUGAUUGCUGAAAUGUUGAAUUAUUUUUAAUUUGUCACAAUAUAUAAUAGUGUUAUUUCUUCUUAUAUCU